UUUAGUUGUUUUCUUUUCUCACCAAGAUGUUUUCUUAAUCUCUUUUUGUUUGUUUCAUUUAUCUCAUUUUAUUUUCUUAAUUAUUCAUCUUAAUAUUGGUAAAAUUAAUCGAUAAUCCGAUUUCUUUUUUACCUUUGACCGAUUGGUCAGUGAAAAAGAAUUGGUUAAAUAAUGAAUGUCUCAUCAAUAGAUUUACAUCAACUUGUGAGGUGAUCUGGUUGAUCCUCUUCUUUUGUGUUUUCUACUCUCUUUUCUCUUACUCCUCAACAGUUUCCUCUUCUUUUUUUUUAUCAUCACUUUUUCAUCGUUGCAUUUGUCUGAUUUUUCCUAUUUUAAACUAUUUCCUUGAUUUCUGUUUGAUCCGAUCGGCAUCUUUUUAACUUUCUCUCCAUCUUCUGGUUAUAAAUAUUCUUCAUUUUUCAAAUUUUUUUCCUUCUAUUCUAUUUUGUUUUGUUCUAUUCUCUUCUUUUCUUUGGUGCUACACUCAGGAUUUACAUUCUCUCUUGGUUUCUUCUGGUCGCAUCAAAGAUUAUUUAAUGUUCCAACCAUGGUCAAUCCCCUUUUAGUGGUUAUUCUAUUUUGUUCCUAUUUACAGAAUGUUGUCCAAUCUUCUGCACCACCUUCAGUUCGUACCUGUGAACCGAUUAGACUGGAGAUGUGUAAGAAAAUUGGAUACAAUGCAACCGGUUUACCCAAUUUAGCUGGACAUGAGACUCAAGAUGAAGCGGAACAAAGUUUGAAAACUUUUAACCCUCUAAUUAGUAUUGGUUGUUCAUCGCAAUUACAGUUUUUCUUAUGCUCUGUACAUGUUCCCAUGUGUGAUGAGAAAAUUGUUUCCACCCUUGGACCAUGUCGCCGAUUAUGUGAAACCGUUCGUGAUCGGUGUUUAUUCAUUCUCAAUGAAUUUGGUUACCCUUGGCCAGCUCAUUUAAACUGUAGCCUUUUCCCUUUGGUUAAUGAUCAUCAAAAUAUGUGCAUGGAAGGACCAGGAGAGGAUACAAAUAAACAACGCUCAAGUACCAGUAAAAUAACCAUUUUAAAUUAUAAAACAUCAAUCAAUCCGGAUAAAAAUCGUGAGGUUACUCAUCAACCAGUUAUCACCGAAAUAGUUACUCCUUCAAUUACCAACCCACAAAAUAAUCAUUCUAAACUAUAUGGACCUAUUGUUGAGGAUUGUCUUGAUCUUAAAUUCCAUCAACAAUAUUUUAAAGUUCGCCGAAGUGACAAUGGAAGCCAAUGUUCGCAUGGGUGUAUAGCCGAUAUACUUUAUCCAUCUACAACUAAACAAUUCACAGAAUUUUGGAUCGCAUUCUGGUCAACCUUUUGUUUUGUCUCUUCGAUUUUCACCAUUCUCAUGUUUUCACGUUCCAACGUUCGUAUUGAUUAUCCUGAAAGAGCAAUCGUUUUCAUGGCAUGUAAUUAUUUCGUCUUCAGUAGCAUCCAUUUGGUGGCAAUUUUCAUAGGAAGAGCAAAGAUUAGCUGCUACGAAGAUGAUCAAUAUCAUGUUUCUCUGCUAAUUAAAAACAGUUAUCAAAACCCAUAUUGUGUAACUGUUUUCACUCUUCUCUAUUACUCUCAAAUGUCCAGUCUAAUUUGGUGGCUUGUUUUAUCGUUUACCUUAUAUUUUACUGUGGCCAAACAAUGGUCAUCAUCUAAAUUGAGCGAUCAUUCUAACUACUAUCACUCUUUAGCCUGGGGCAUUCCAACUCUUAGCACAAUUUUAAUUUUCAUGAUUGGUGAUAUAGGAGCUGAUGAAUUAACUGGCAAUUGUAAUGUUGGCAGUAACAAUCCUCAAUCUCUGUUAUAUUUUAUCAUCAUACCAAUGGCAACGAUUCUGUUGAUUGGGUCAGUGAUCUUCAUUUUGACCAUUAGAGGUUAUUUUAAAGGUCGAACGAUGAAUCAAGUCCAUACAUCUCAGGCUCAUCAUCAUAGAAGUUAUCAAUCAUCAUCUGAGAAAAUCAGCUACAACAAUUUAUCUUCUCAAAAUUCUCAUCCUCCACUAAUCCAAUCGCAAAUUGUUUGGACCAGUCAACCAAGAUUAACAGAGGAAUUGGGUAUUGCUCUAAUUCGUCUCUUUCUUUUUCAAAUAAUCUAUUUUGCCAUCUCAUCGUACCUACUAUUUGUUUCCUUUUAUGAGUAUCUUAAUAAAAAUGAUUGGUACUCCGUUUCGACAAAUGAUCUACCCAAUGUGGAGAUAAUGUCACUUAAAAUUUUCAUGUCUUUUUUAGCCGGUAUUAUGACCGGAAUUUGGAUCUGGAUGUCGGAACCCAAUUUUCCAUGUGUCAUUAGAGCGGAUUGGCAAAAAUCUUCCCAACCAUCAAUACAAAUUAUUCCUCAACAUAAUAAUAUUCACAUUCUCCCGGUAACAUCAUCAUCACUCGUAACGAUUGACGGUCGAAGACGCUGCUAUCACCCGGGAAGUGAAACGACCGUUUGAUGAAUCAUUUUAAAGCCAAAAAACAACAACAAACGACAGUUUAAAUUGUGAAAAGACAUUUUUUUACUCUAGUAAUUUGUAAAUUGUAAAUUAAUCCCGCAACUCUCAUGCAUUUAGUUUCACCACUCAUUUUCAUAUCUCUCUCUCUCUCUCUCUCUCUCUCUCUCUCUCUCUCUCUCUGGUUUGCCUUAAAUUAUAACAGAGAAAGUUUAAUUGUAAAUUUUUCUUACAUCAUGACCAUCAUUCAUCUUCUUAAAUCAUACUGAAUUAUCAACUAAUUGUCAUGUUGAUUUAAACCAAAAAAAACUAUCACAACCAUUUUAUUUUCAUUGUUAAUCAACAAACUGUGUCCUAACAUAAAAUAAGAUAAAGACAGUUAAUAAUUACAAUUAACAACAAUAAUAUCAAUCACAUCACCACCACCAACAAUCAUGAUAAUGUUAACAAUUAGUGAUAACAUUAAUUACUAUCAAUAAAUAAAUACAAUUGAAAUAGUUAAUCAAUAAUUCUGGAUGAUAAAUCAACUUGAACAAUAAGAAACUCAACUUUUUGAUAAAAAUUUUGUAAAUUAAAUUGUAAACAUUAACAAAACAAA